AUGAAGCGAAAAUUGAACGAGCGUGACGUGCCGGAGCCUGCAAAGGCUGAGAAGCCAACCCCUGUCGCGACUCAGGCCACACCCAGCGAAACGACAGAGACUCCCGCCAAAGCGACGACAUUUUCCGCCCUCAAUCUCGACGCCCGUCUCCUCCAAGCUCUCACCCGCGAGAAGCUCUCCACCCCGACUUCCGUCCAGCAAAAAGCCAUUCCACUCGCCAUCGCCGGCAAGCAUGUCCUCGCUCGUGCCAAAACCGGCUCCGGCAAGACUCUCGCCUACCUCUUGCCCAUCCUCCACGCAAUCCUCGCUCGCAAAGCUGGCACAACGACCUCAAAGAAGAGCAAGAACGUCACAUCCGCACUCAUCCUGGUCCCGACAAAAGAGCUUGCAGUCCAGGUAGCGGCAACGGUCAAAGACUUCACAACCUUCUGCGCCGGCGACAUUCGAUGCGAGAACAUCACCCGAAAGGAGGAUUCGGCAGUCACUCGCGCUCGUCUCGCCGAUGCUGUGCCCGACAUUGUCAUUGCGACACCCAGUCGUGCGUGUCAAUGGAUCAAUCAAGAGGUACUGAAGGUUGAGGAUUUGCGACAUCUGGUCAUCGAUGAGGCGGAUUUGGUGCUGAGCUACGAAUACGAUGAGGAUCUGCAAAGUCUGGCCACCUCCCUCCCAACGGGCGUUCAGAAAAUCAUGAUGUCAGCCACGUUACGUGCGGAAGUGGAUACCCUGACGGAACUGUUCUUUGGCAAAGAGGAGGGAGCGGGACCGACGAUCUUGGAUCUCAGCAAGGAAGAGGCGGACGAGAAGGCAACGCUGGCACAAUUCACCGUCCGCACGGCCGAGGACGAGAAGUUCCUCCUGAUAUAUGCCAUCUUCAAGCUACAGCUCAUCACGGGCAAAGUCAUCGUCUUUGUGGCUGACAUCGACCGCUGCUACCGAGUCAAGCUUUUUCUCGAGCAAUUCGGCAUCCGCAGCUGUGUACUGAACUCGGAGCUGCCGGUCAACAGCCGCCUGCACGUCGUGGAGGAGUUCAAUCGCGGUGUGUACGACAUCAUCAUCGCGGCGGACGAAGGAGAAAUCAUCGGGAAUGAAGAGAGCAAGGGGAGGAGGAAGAAGAACAACAGGAAAGCCGCGCAGCAAGAGGAUGCCGAUUUGGAGGACGCCGACGAGCAACCCGCGGAUGACAUCCUCCCACCCGUCGAAGAUGAAGAAGCAGAAGCCGACUCGACAUCCGCCACUGUCACCUCACGACCCGCGAAAAAGCCACGAAGAUCCCAGACCGACCGCGAGUACGGCGUCUCCCGAGGCAUCGACUUCCGCUACGUAACUUGCGUCCUCAACUUCGACCUUCCUCCCACCGCAAAAUCCUACACCCACCGCAUUGGCCGCACCGCCCGUGCCGGCCGCACAGGAAUGGCCCUCUCCUUCCAUGUCCCCGCCGAACUUUACCGCAAACACAAACCCUCCACCAUCCCCCAAUGCGCCAACGACGACUCCGUCCUCGCCGACAUCAUCGCCUCUCAAGCCCAAAAAAGCGCCGAAGUCAAAGCCUGGGGUCUCGACUGGGCGAAACUCGACGGCUUCCGCUAUCGUCUCGCCGACGCCCUUCGCUCCGUCACCCGUAUCGCGGUACGGGAAGCGCGAACGAAAGAGCUGCGCGCCGAACUAAUCAAGUCGGAGAAAUUGAAGCGGCAUUUCGAAGAGAAUCCCGACGAUCUCCGGCACUUGCGGCACGAUACGGAAAGUCAUGCUGUGAGGGCUCAACCGCAUUUGAAGCAUGUUCCCGAGUACCUUCUUCCGAGCGGUGGCAAGGCGGCGGUGAGUAAGGAUGUGGGGUAUGUGGGUAUGAGGAGGGAUAAGGAGAAUCGACUGAGGAAGGCGAGGGCGGUGAAUAAGGGGAAAGGAAGGGGACGGUUGGCGAAGGGGAAGGGAUUGGAUCCCUUGAGGAGUUUGAAUGCCAAGGGGAGGGGAAAGAAGUGA